AUGGACUCCUGCCCAGAUCUGGAGAUCAAGGCGUCCAAUGAUGGCAGGCCUUUGAAUGCCAACGCGGUUGUGAUGGCAAAGCUGCGCAAGGAGCGGGAGCGUUUGAAGAGCCAGGGCAUCCGGCUGAAGGAAUCCAGCCAGCAGGGCAAGAAGGCUUGGUCUCCAAGGAGCCACAAAAGGCCUUCUUCCAACGACAGAUCCAGAACCAGGUCCCCCUCUCACCGCAGAUCAGAGGACAGCUACACCCCGAGAUCACAGCCGCAGGAUGGCGAUGACCGUGCCGCUCCGGAGGGCGUGGACAUCGUAGGCGCUGACAUGCAAGGGGAGAACGAGAGAGGGCGGAGGCGUUCGGAGUCAAUCUCCAGAUCACGAUCAGAUUCGAGAUCAGCGGAGCCAGGAACCGGCCCGGAGCACACACGGCGCGUCGUCGUCAACCAGGCUGAGGGAAGGGAAGAUGCUUCGUCGCUGUUGGAGAUGAGCAACCUCCCGGAUCUGAGCUGCAAGGGCAAGGGCGCCAGCCAGUAUCUUGCAGACCUGCUCAACCCGAGCUUGAAGACUUUGCCGGACUUCAAUAAGGAGCAAGGCGGCGAGCCUGUUCAGAAGGUUUGGGAGACUGGCAAGGCGGCCAGCUUUUUCCUGCAGAUUCAGAACCCUGUACUUGCAGAGAGCGCCCAGCGCACCCUGAACGGAUUGGAGUUCUGCGGGAACAAGCUUCAGGUUCAAUCUGUCCCGAAGGAGGCGGAGACGGGGGCGUGA